UCUUUCUUCAACUGCCCUGUUUUGUACUUCUUUCUGAAAGGGGGUUUUUGAAUCAAAUAUCCAUGGGGUUUCUUAGCAUUUUCUGGGGAAUCAUUGGUGUUGGAAUUGGGACUGUUCUUGGUGUUUGUGUUGGGUUUUAUUUCUUCAUCUAUUCCGACCCCAAGAAUGAAGCAUUUAAGGAUCCAGUUACGAGGCCAAUUUCUGAGCUUGAUACAACAAGUCUACAAGAUUUAAUACCCGAGAUUCCUCUUUGGUUAAAGAAUCCUGAUUAUGAUCGUGUUGAUUGGCUGAACAGGUUUGUUUUGAAUAUGUGGCCUUAUCUUGACAAGGCAAUUUGUGCUACGAUAAGGCAGACAACAGAACCAAUAGUAGCCGAUUAUGUUGGGCAUGGGCACCGUCCUAUAGAAGCAAUCACGUUUGAGACAUUAAGCCUCGGGACCCUUCCUCCUAUCAUUCAAGGUGUUAAAGUCUACGAGACCAAUGAGAACCAGCUAGUGAUAGAACCAGCAAUUAAAUGGGCUGGAAAUCCAAAUAUAGUCAUAGCUGUAAAGAUAUCAUCUUUGCGUAUCAAGAUUCAGUUGGUGGAUUUACAAGUGUUUGCUAUUCCAAGGGUAACAUUGAAGCCUCUUGUCCCAAGUUUUCCGUGUUUUUCCAAUGUUGUCGUAUCUUUGAUGGAUAAGCCUCAUAUUGACUUCGGUAUGAAGGUUCUUGGUGGUGAUCUUAUGUCCAUCCCUGGCCUUUAUCGACUAGUGCAGGAUAUCAUUAAAAAGGAAGUCGCAAAACUUUACCUAUGGCCACAAACUCUUGAAAUACCCAUUCUUGAUUCCUCGUUUGGUGCUAUGAAGAAGCCCGUUGGAGUACUACAUGUUAAGGUUUUACGGGCAACAAAGCUCAUGAAGAUGGACAUAUUGGGAUUAUCCGAUCCAUAUGUCAAGCUUAAGUUAAGCGGAGAGAUGUUGCCUUCAAAGAAAACGACGAUCAAGAAAAAGACGUUAAAUCCCGUGUGGAAUGAGACCUUCAAGCUUGUAGUUAAGGACCCUCAAGCUCAAACUCUUCAAGUUAAUGUCUAUGAUUGGGAUAAGGUAGGGAGCCAUGAUCGAUUGGGGAUGCAAAUAGUGCCAUUGAAGGUGCUAAGACCCAACGAAACAAAGGAACUAACUCUUGAUUUGCUAAAGAACACCAACAUAGCCGAUCCUCAGAAGAAGCAACAGAGAGGGCAGAUUGUGUUGGAGAUGACUUAUGCACCAUUCAAGGAGGAUAGCGAAGUAUUAAGUGGGCCCCUCAACAUGCCCGUCCCGAAAGAGAAUGGCGUGGGGUUGGGUGGCGAAAGCCCAAGUGGGGCCGGCGUACUUUUGGUGACGGUCCAAGGGGCCGAGGAUGUAGAGGGAGAGCAUCACAACAAUCCAUAUGCCAUGGUGAUAUUUAGAGGAGAAACAAAGAAAACAAAGAUUGUUAAAAGAAGUCGAGAUCCUAAGUGGAACGAAGAGUUCCAGUUUAUGCUCGACGAACCUCCUAUAAAUGACAAGAUACAUGUUCAAAUUAUGAGCAAGAGAUCGCGCAUGAGUUUCUACUCAAAGGAAUUACUGGGGUACGUGGAUAUAAACCUCGCUGAUGUAGUGAACAACGGGAGGAUUAACCAUAAGUUUCAUCUGAUAGAUUCAAAGAACGGCCUGGUACAUGUUGAGCUUCGAUGGAGAGAAACUUAAUGUUACUCGAUGAUAGCGGAGCCGAGUAACGGGAUACAUA